CGAUGGUGUUCUGAUGUCCUCAGGUUGAAGGGAACAACUUGUUAUCUAUAGGGAAUGUCAGUUCAUGAUUUCAAGAAGCAUGGGAAAGACUUGAUUGAUUACAUAUACCACUUCAUGAAGACUAUAAGCUCAAGAAGAGUCAAUUCUGAUGUAGAACCUUUUUAUCUUGUAAAAUUACUCCCGGAUGAAGCACCUCAUGAACCUGAGGAGUGGGACAAAAUUAUGAAAGAUGUUGAAGACAAAAUAAUGCCUGGGGUCACACAGUGGAAUCAUCCCUAUUUCUUUGCUUAUUUUGCAAGUGCAAAUUCAUAUCCUGGGAUUCUUGGAGACAUGUUAUCAAGUGCCUUAGCAUGUCAAGCAUUUAACUGGUUUGUGAGUCCAGCAUGCACAGAACUGGAAAUGGUUGUCACUGACUGGUAUGGUAAAGCACUUGGGUUACCAAAGUCAUUUCUCCACUCCAGCGGACCAAAAAAGGGUGGUGGUUGUGCACAAGGGUCAGCAAGUGAAAAUAUCUUUGCUGCAAUAAUGGCAGCUCGUUACCAAGCCAUUAAACUGUGUUUGGAAGAUAAAGAAAAUUAUAAUUUCAGUGAUGAAUGGGACGUACUGAAAAAUCUAGUUUCGUACACAUCAAAGGCAGCUCAUUCAUCUAUAGAAAAAGGAGCAAAAAUGGCUUGUUUAAGACUGCGUAUUCUGGAUGUUGAUGAAAAAUGUUCCUUGCGGGGUGAUACAUUACAGCAGGCAAUAGAAAAAGAUCUGCAGCUUGGGCUUAUUCCGUGCUGUGUGGUAGCAACACUAGGUUCAACAGGUGAAGCAGCAUUUGAUAACUUGAAGGAAAUUGCUAUGGUCUGCAGAAAAUAUCCUCUAAUAUGGUUGCAUGUUGAUGCUGCUUAUGGAGGCAGUUCAUUUGUUUGUAGAGAAUUCAGAUACUUGCUAAGUGGAAUUGAAGAUGCUCAUUCAAUUAAUGUUAAUCCAAAUAAAUGGUUUCUUGUGAAUUUUGACUGUAACUGUAUAUGGUUAAAAGACUAUCAACAAUUUAUUGAAGCACUUUCUGUGAAUCCCCUUUACUUGGAACAUGAAUGGAUGGAUGAAACUGUUAAUUUCCAUGACUGGGGAACACCUCUCUCCCGUAGAUUCCGUGUACUGAAAUUGUGGUUUGUAAUGCGAACCUAUGGAAUAAAAGGCUUGCAGCACUAUAUUAGGAGGCAUUGCCAUUUAGCAUCAUUGUUUGAAUCGCUUGUCAGAAAAGACAGUCGA